AUGGAAUUGGGGGGUACCGAAACAAAAGAUGACACUAUAGAAAAAGAGAUCACGGAACUAAACAAAGAGACUAUCAUUGAGUUUGAUAAAAUAAAAGGCGAUAAGGAUAUACUAAAGAAAUUAACAGAUAAAAUUAAAUCCCCUGAUGACAAACAAUUACACAUUGACAAUGGUGAGGAUAUAACAACUAUUAUAACCAAAGUAACUGAAACUCAUAAAACAAAACUUCAACGAACCGAUAGUGAUUUAAUUGGGGAAACCCUGACAACAUCAGAAAUUCAAAAACCAACNCACCUUAGAUAAAGAGAUCACGGACCAAAAAAAAGAGACUAUGAUUGAGAUGGAAAAAAUAAAAGGCGAUAAGGAUAUACAAAAGAAAUUAACAGAUAAAAUUAAAUCCCCAGAUGACAAACAAUUACACAUUGACCAUGGUGAGGAAAUAACAACUAUUAUAACUAAAGUAACUGAAACUCAUAAAACAAAACUUCAACGAACAGAUAGUGAUUUAAUUGGGGAAACCCUGACAACAUCAGAAAUUCAAAAACCAACAGACGAAACCCCUAGUCCUAUGGAUAAAGAUCCUUUAAAAGAAUCGAAAAUACACGAAAUUUCCCAGGGUUAUAAGGGAGAGGGGGAUGAAAUAAUCAAACACAAAAUACCAAUUGAUAAAUCUUUCGCAGAUAUAAUAAAAUCACCAGCCACAGAUACAAUAAAAGCUGAAAUC